AUGGCGAAGGAGACGGCUACUAUUAAGUUUUUAACUACUAUGUCUCCAUACGCCAGUGUCCCCAUCAAACCGUUGAAUAUCCCGGGACAUUUACAAAUCCUGAUUCCGAGGUUUCAGAUUUGGGAACCCGAAGUUCGGAACCAGCGGAUGUCGGCAAGCCGAAACCUCGGAAUGCACUCCGUUGACCUAAAAUGGAAACUUGCCCUGGACUAUUCGAUGGAUGCCGAGAUAAUGCCGGGGGUAUCCCGGCUGCCGGGACUUCGCCGUCGAUCGUCGUCAUGGCGUCCGAUGUGGAUAUUGCCCAAUUGGGAAGCGGAAAGGCGCUUCCGAGUCGGUGUUAUUGGCGCAGGCGUCAUAGGCGCCAGUUGGACGGCCCUCUUCCUCGCAAAGGGACUCAAAGUGAUUGUAACAGAUCCAGCACCAGGAGCUGAGUCUAAAGUCCGUGACUAUCUACGGCAGUAUUGCGCCGCGGUACCGAAUGCCACAGUUGAUCCUGCCACCUGCUUAGGAAAUUUCACAUUUGUCAACGACAUCGACCCAUACCUCGGAAGCCUAGACUUAAUACAAGAGAACGGACCAGAGAGGGUAGACUUCAAACGCCGUCUCUUCGCACAUUUAGACGCAAAGACGCCCUCACACGUCCUUAUCGCAUCAUCCUCCUCCGGCCUCCCAGCAUCACAGUUUGUCACAGAAUGCACAAACAACCCAGCCCGCAUUCUCAUCGGACAUCCCUUCAAUCCUCCACACUUAGUGCCCCUGGUUGAGAUUGUCCCUCACCCGGGAACGAGCCAGGAAUACGUAUCAGCCGCAUACCAGUUCUACCAAAGCCUAGAUAAGGACCCAGUGGUUGUCAAACAAGAAACGCCCGGGUUCAUCGCCAACCGCUUGCAAGGUGCUGUCUGUGCUGAGGCAUACAGCCUCGUUUCAAGAGGGAUUGUGUCCGCAGAGGAUCUUGAUAAAACUGUCACAUCUGGUCUCGGUCUCCGGUGGGCCUUGACAGGGCCCAUCAUGACGAAUACGCUUGGUGGCGGAGGGGACUUUCGUCAUUUUAUGGAUCACCUGGGUCCGGCAUUGAAGUCUUGGAUUGAUGAUAUGAAUCAGCAUCGAUUCGACAUGGCUUCUCAAGAUAAAGUUGAUGCUCUGAAGGAGACAGUGAAUGAGUGGGUGUCGCAGGUUGACUUGAGGAAGAGAGAAGCGGACCGUGAUGCUCUUUUGGCGGAUUUGGUUAGAAGUAAACUGGACCAAGCAGGAAAAUCGUGA